ACAUCAACCCUUUUCCACUCUCACUCUUCGAUCUCAGCCCUAGCAAAGCUUUAGUAGCCAUGUCGCUGAGGCCAAACGAGAGAACCAAGGUCCGCCGUAACCGAUACAAGGUGGCGGUGGAUGCCGAUGAGGGUCGCCAGAGACGCGAGGACAACAUGGUGGAGAUUCGCAAGAGCAAGCGCGAGGAGAGCUUGCAGAAGAAGCGCCACAAAGGUCUUCCAGCCACUCACCAACAAUCCUUCUCUUCCUCUCUCUACGCCUCCGCCACCACCACCGUCGAAAAGAAGUAUAUGGAAGUGAUCCUUCUUUUGUAUUUUGUACUGCAACUUCUGCAAAUCUGCUUGAGCAUUGUAUGGAGCUUGCAAAUCUACCAACCUUGGAGCUAAUUCAGAGUGAUGGAAGUCCCUCUGCUAGAAAGCUUUUCAUCCUUUGGAAUCCAGUUGUGUCCCCAAAAACUGUAUGUGCUUUGCUACAAUACAUGCUCUACUUUGAUUAACUAUGUGGUCAAGACAUAUCUAUUUACUUUCUAGUGCUACUUAAGUACAGAUUUUGAAGGAAACACAGAGUAGUCUGGAUACUAGUGGAUCUACAAAUGUAAAUUCUAAUCUCAGACUGCCACUGCCUUUUUUCUAGGAGGGGCAAAUUAAAUGUAACAAAAUUAUUGAAUUAAAAAAAAUUCAAGACCCAAUAAAAAUUUUUAUUUUAUAAAUUAAUAUGAUGGCUUUAUAGUUACUCUUAGCAUCUUCUUGGCAAAUAGUACAUGACUACCCUGCCAAAAAGUCAAAAGCAGGGAAAAAAGGGUGAUGGCUUUAUUUUGUAAGUUGCUAUUUUAUUUUUAUUAAUGUUGGUAGAAAAAGUUUCAACAACCUGCUAUCAAUGCCAAUCCAAUGGCCCUGAUCAUAAAUGGGGGCUUAAACUUCUAGUCCCAAGGAGGACUUGACUAGGGAACCUAUACGUGAUCAUUAACUGGGCUUUUAACUUUAGGUAGGGCCUGAGAGGCUAGUAAUGAAGUCAGAAGUGCCCCUAAUGAAGUAAGAAGUGUGGUACUUGAGGCUUGAGAGGCUAGUAAUAUUAUUAUUUUUUAAAGUUGUGCCUGUUGGAUCAACUUAAAGUGGAACUGUAAUCUUGUAGUGUUUUUUCUUAAAUCAUUCAUGUCUUUUUGGACUCUAUGAGUCUAUGGUUGUCUUUUUGAUUUGCAUUUGUAUUGACUGAACUGCAUGUUUGUCUAGUAUGGUUGCUGAGGCUACAAAACAGAAUAUUGGUUGUUUGGUGACAUUUUACCUAUAGAAGGCUUCAUGGACUUAAAAGAUAGAUGAGAACUAUGAUUUGCUUGCUUUAUCCUACAAAACACCUAGAUAUUGCAUUUGAGUCAGUGUUAGACUGACUAUUCAGUAAUUCGGAAAGAGUUACAAAUACUAUGGUUUUUU